UCCCUCCGGUGCUAACUUCCCCUCGUGACGAUGCUAUGCACCUUUAUAAAGCUUUCAAGGGUUUUGGGUGCGACACUACAGCGGUUAUCAAUAUCCUCGCACAUAGGGAUGCUUCACAGCGUGCUCUUAUCCAGCAGGAGUAUAGAGCUAUGUACUCUGAGGAGCUCCACAAGCGCUUGUCUUCCGAGCUUAGUGGUGAUGUUAAGAGAGCAGUUUUACUUUGGGUGGCUGACCCGGCAGGACGAGAUGCAACCAUAAUCAAGCAGAGUUUGCAUGAAGCCAAAGAUCUCAAGGCCGCGACCGAAGUGAUAUGUUCACGGAUUCCAUCUCAGCUUCAAUACCUUAAACAAGUCUAUCACUCAAUGUUUGGCCUUUACCUUGAGCAUGAUAUUGAAAACCAUAUGACUGGGGAUCACAAAAAGUUGGUACUAGCAUACGUGAGCGCCCCUCGAUAUGAUGGCCCAGAAGUUGACCCAGCUGCAGUGCAACAUGAUGCUAAAACUCUUUAUAAGGCAGGUGAAAAAAGGCUUGGGACUGAUGAGAAGAAAUUCAUACAGAUAUUCUCUGAAAGAAGCAGGGCACAUUUGGCUGCAGUCAUAUCUGCUUAUCAUGUCUUGUGUGAUCACUCAUUGAAAAAGGCGGUUAAAAGUGAAACCUCAGGGCUUUUUGAGUUUGCCCUCUUGACUAUUUUACAGUGUGCUCAGAAUCCGGCAAAAUACUUUGCUAAGACAUUGCGAAAGGCAAUGAAAGGAAUGGGGACAGAUGAUAAUCAUGAUACCACACUUAUGAGGGUAAUUGUGACACGAGCUGAGGUCGACUUGCUGUAUAUCAAAGCAGAAUACCACAAGAAAUACAAGAAAUCUUUGCAUGAUGCGAUUCAUUCAGAAACUUCUGGCCACUAUCGUGCGUUUCUUCUCUUGCUUUUAGGUCCCCCCAAUCACUAGCAGAACUUCUUGCAUGACACUGUGCCCACGCUUCUACUAAGGUUUUAUUAUGUAUAAUAAUCAGACACACAUGGCACUGCCUACAUUGUAUCUUAUUACUGAAAAUGCAUGUCUGCCAAAUUAUUAAGUUGCGGAUCAAACAUGUCUGUGCGAAGAAAUAGACUUAGGCCUAGAUCUGUCUGUUACACCAACCUAUGUCUCAUUCAUUUGCCCAUAACAUAGACAGACAUAUGUUGCCAAAUUACACUUCUCUGUGCUGGAUAUUAUUCACACAUACAUGUUUUAUCCGUGACUAGUUUUGGAGACAUUGUUUGUAUGGAAGGGUGUACAAAAUACAGCAUUUUUUAUCCUAAAAAAGCGUUCAUUACGAAAUAAAAGAAUGUUUCAAAAUAGUGUUGCUUAUAUUUCAUGGGCAUGCCAAUUGUUGUCG